GUCAGGAGCCAAUGCGUCUCUGGAAAGCAAAGCUGGAGAUAAGUGUUCCAGACUCGUCUUGCCGAGCUUUACCCGAACUUUUUUUAAUUUUAUUUAUUUAUUUUAUUUUAAAUUGCUGAACCGAAACUAAGAAUAUGCUUCAACUUUGAAAGUUUCUCCAAACCUGAAACAUGGUUGUAACUGUGCAGCUCUGCGCUUUGUGGCGGCGCCGCGCCGCCGUCGAGCCUCAGUCUGUGACGGGAUGAGAAGCGAUCCUCCUUACUCUGGGUCGACUUCACGAUGGAGACGUUCUUGUGAGGCCAGUUUUACAUGCUCGGGUGAAAUCGCGCUGUCGCCGUCAUUAAUGGAGCGGCUCCUACUUCUGAUAUGCUGCGAGUUGAUCAUGGCCGUCGGUGCUUGCGGUGGAUCUCCGAACCGCAACCACCGCCCCGUGUGCUGGAAAGCCAUCCUCAGAUGCCAGGGAGAAGCCGAGUGCCGUUACGCGUACGACCAAUACCUGCACGCGUGCGCGUCCGUCAUCAGCGGCGCGCGCAGGAAGUGUCCCAGCCACUGCAUCUCGUCCCUCAUCCAGCUCAACCUGACCCGGCGCGGCCCGGACCUGGAGGACUGCGACUGCGCCGCGGACCCGGUGUGCCGGAGCACCCAGCGAGCCGUCGACCCGUGCGUGCCGCGGACCAGCACCAUGGGCUGCACCGAGGCGCGGCUGCAGUGCGAGACGGACCCGGCGUGCAGCUCGGCGAUGGCGGACUACCUGUUCCACUGCCGGAAGCUCUUCGGGGGCCAGAGGUGCUCGGAGAGCUGCCGCAAGAUGAUCGCCAAGAUGCGCGCCAUGCCGCGGGCGCAGCAGCUCGACGCCUGCGUCUGCGACGGCACCGACAGGAACAUCUGCGAGUACAUCAAGCAGAGGAUGACGACUCUGUGCGCGGAGUCCGGCGACAGGUUCGCGGGCAGCGGCUUCGGAGACUCCGAGGAGGACACGGAGGAAGACGAUGUUUACCAGGAUUAUUAUGUGGAGAACUCCGGCAGCUCUCCAACUUAUCAAACACGCCUGAAAGCUUUAACCUUCAUGGUGGCUGUGGCAGGAUUCAUCUGAAGGACUGUUAUCAACUGUUUUUUUUCUUUUUUUUUAAAUUACGUGGUAAAAAAAAAUGACGUUGACCAGGGCCAGUCUGAAGAACCCGGGGGCCCUGAGCGGAACUCCAUCUGGGAUCCCCACUGCAGCUAACCUCACAUACCCUAGAGAGCUAGGCAGGAAGGCAGAGCUUAUAGUUAAAGGGGUAAAGGUCACCGAAAUUCAACUCCAGUUCAGACACAGGCAGAAAAAAAAAAAGAAAAAAUACUCUUGCAUUAAAUAUGAUCCAGUUAAUGGUACUUUUCAGCUGCAAAGGUUAUCAUUUGGAAAGCAGAAAUGUUGUCCAUACAGUCGAACCAGAUUUUAAAAGUGGAGAAAAUUCAUGGCUUUGUGUUACCACCAAAACCAGCACCAAUUUCAAUUCAGCAAACUCCCAGUAUUACUCCACGAAAUGGUGAUAAAGGUCAGAUUCAUCAUAUUCUGUGCAAUAAGGACAUUUACCUAAAAACGACCAAAAGUCAGCAGCAGUUCAUUCUACAUUUUUGACCAGAUCUAAUUAUAAGAUUGAAUUUAGUAAUAAAAUAAUGCCACAGGUGACAAUGUUAAAUGCGUCAUAAUCAAGAUGCUAAAUUAUUUUUGCAGCGGGUGAAAUAGCAAUUGCUUUCCCGCUUUAAAUAAAAGUGACGUCUUUGUUGUACAUUUUGUACAACACGUGGAUUUUUAUUUUUUUUUGUUUGUUUGUUUGUUUUUUUUUUCUUCAUAGUAAAGUUCAAUUUUCUUACGACCUCCAGACCAGCAGAGGGCCCAAAACAUUUGCUUGUACCUUGGGCUGCCUCUGAAAUAUCAUCUGAAAAUUAGACUUAAAAGCAUUUUUUUUAAUGCAAACGUGUUAAACUACACGCUUUAAAUGUGUGCAUAUUUUGUUGAAACAAUGCAGUAUCAUAAAAAAGGAGUUUUUUAUAUACAUACACACAUAUAUACGGACGAGUUGCACUGUAUGGCAAGGUGAGCCCCGCCUUUGUACAGCCGUGUGUUUCACAGAUGAAGAAAGCUUGUGUUGUCUCUACGUGCCUAAAGUUCCGCAGUAAGCGUCACUUCCCUUUGAGAGAAACCAAAGUUCAUUUAAGCCACUUGAAUGAGUUUUAACCCCAGGGCAGAUUCUGACAUCUGCUGUGGUGCAGCUCUUAGAAUGAUGCACUUGUCUCUGUAAACAUGGAUGUUUGCAGACGGCAGAAGCGUUAAUUCCUGACGAAUGCAUGUUCAAACAGACCAAAGAAAGGAUAAAUCGCCCUGCUGGGGGAUUUGGAGCCAAAAAAAAAAAAAGUUGCUCGGUCGCCUUGUUUUGUCUUCAGUGCCUGUUUUGUUUCAAUACUUCAAAUGCGCAAUGCUUGGGAAAAAAAAGAAAAAUGUGUUUGAGAUUUGAUGAGAGAUUUUAUGUACCUGUUAAGAACACAGACCCAUGAAUGUAACACUAUACGGAAUAAAGUGAUUUUUAAAUGUAA